AUGGCCCUGAUAGAUUUCAAAGCCCUACUCCCAACAAUAACAGCCUUCAUCGCAUUUAUAAUCACCAUCCUGUGCCUCUUCGCCGGCACGCAAAAGGAUUUUCUCGAUGGCGCCGAUCUGUUAACACUCUACACCCCCUCAGCAACACCCUCAACCACCCAGAAUGUCGCACACGAUUUCUACUCAGUCCACAUAAUGUCCUACUGCAGCGGAGAACUAGGCACAACAGACCCAAGCGCGGGCGUCACGCGCAACGUAACAACCUGCUCAAACCGCACGAUCUUGUUCGCGUUCGACCCGACGCAAGCCUGGCCAAAAGAGGUCACGCACGGCGCGGAACUGGACUGGCCGCGUGUCAUUGCUGAUGAUUUUCAUGCUUUCCGUAUGACGAGUCGGGCUAUGGCUGUGCUUUAUUGUAUAUCUGUUGGUGUUUUGGGCGCUGUGCUUAUUGGGAGGGUUUUUGGGACGGUUAAGCCUUGGGGUGGGAUGGGGUUCUUUGAAUUUGGGGGGUUGAUUUUCGGAUCCUCUAGCUUAACCAUCGCCUCAAUAAUUGCAACAGUGCUCGCCUUCGAGUUCGUAUCCCUUGUCAACGCGCACGGCGAGGGCUCCAACGUGUCCGCUAGCUACGGCGAAAAGUUCCUAGGAAUGACCUGGGCCGCAGUGGGGCUAUUACUCGCAGGUAGUGUAGCGUCGUUUGUGAACGUGUUCAUUCGCACGCGAGCGGCGCCUGCAUUUGCAGUCGAGAAGGACAUAGAGGGGUAA